GGAGGUCUCUAUACCAUGGCUCGUACAAAGCCGACUGCCCGCAAAUCCACCGGCAGAUCCACCGGUGGUAAAGCACCCAGGAAGCAACUGGCCACAAAAGCCGCUCGCAAGAGUGCGCCCACUACUGGAGGGGUGAAGAAACCUCAUCGCUACAGGCCUGGUACAGUGGCACUCCGUGAAGUUAUGAUUUGCAAACUUCCCUUCCAGCGUCUGGUGCGAGAAAUUGCUCAGGACUUUAAAACAGAUCUGCGCUUCCAGAGAGCAGCUAUAGGUGCUUUGCAGGAGGCAAGUGAGGCCUAUCUGGUUGGCCUUUUUGAAGACACCAACCUGUGUGCUAUCCAUGCCAAACGUGUAACAAUUAUGCCAAAAGACAUCCAGCUAGCACGCCGCAUACGUGAAGAACGUGCUUACGAAUCCACCACGAUGGGAAACAUUUCAUUAGAAAAAAUUCUCUUCUUCCUGUUAUUGCUAGUUCUGAACGUUAUUUUUUUUCCCAUGGGGUCAAAAGUAACUCGAAACACGCUUCCGUCGGAACUCCGGAGAACUUCAACCUUAGCUGAUUCGAAUGUAUCGAGGAAGAAUUCUAAACUGCUGGUGUUUAGAAGUGGCGUGCAGCCCCAUAUGGAUGGCCAGUGUGCACUUCUCAUUCUCCAGGAUAAUUUGGCAAAGGACAAGAAAUCAUUUAAAGAAGAGAAACUUUCCAGAGUUGUUAUCUUGUCCAACGAAUUUAAAGAUGUCUGUGAAAAGAAACAUAUAUUCCUCAUGGGAAUAUAUCCAGGGAACGCUCCUAUUCAUAAUCUCCGUGGGCAGAUCCGAACAAGUUUUGGGAAAGCAAUUGCGAGAGACGCCUCCACGGAACCCGCGCUCAGAUGUCAAAGGCUGACGUUGUUGGUGACGUCAUCCAGGGCGGGGCUGCAUAGGGUUCCUGAAAGCGGUUUUGAGAGUUGGUCAGUCAUGUCUGGACGGGGUAAGGGUGGGAAAGGCUUAGGUAAAGGAGGCGCUAAGCGUCACCGCAAGGUUUUGCGGGACAACAUUCAGGGCAUUACUAAGCCAGCCAUCCGGCGCCUUGCUCGCCGCGGCGGUGUCAAGCGUAUUUCUGGCCUUAUCUAUGAGGAGACACGUGGUGUUCUGAAGGUGUUCCUGGAGAACGUGAUUCGUGAUGCAGUUACUUACACGGAGCAUGCUAAACGCAAGACUGGCCGCCCAAUUUUUCGUAAAAGAGCGGACAUCUUGUUAUCCUGUUCCAGGUUUUUGCUGAAAAAGCAGUCGUGCACUAGUGUGCAUUUGCAGGAUCUCAAGGAUUACGGAAGUUGUAGGAAACUCGGGGAAGACUCCACGUUACUGUUUUCAAAAUGGCGGGGAGGACUGAGAACAAAGAAGGCUCGCAUCCAGGCGGCGGUCCUUAAAGGCGAAUCCGUGAGCGCAACAGAUCUCCCUGAUUCUGUGGCUCCUGAUGGAUCUGAGAAGAUGGACGUGGAGGAUGAAAAUCUGUCUGAUUAUUUUGAACUGAUGUUUGUUGCUGUGGAGAUGCUGCCCAUAUGUAACUAUUUACUUGGAGCUGGUGUACUUGGUGACAGCCUUGGUGCCCUCCGACACCGCGUGUUUGGCCAGCUCCCCGGGGAGCAGCAGGCGCACGGCCGUUUGGAUCUCCCUGGAAGUGAUAGUCGAGCGCUUGUUGUAAUGCGCCAGGCGGGAAGCCUCGCCUGCGAUACGCUCAAAAAUGUCGUUGACGAAGGAGUUCAUGAUACCCAUAGCCUUGGACGAGAUGCCGGUGUCGGGGUGGACCUGCUUCAGCACCUUGUACACGGCAGCAAAGCUGGCGCCAAGGCUCAAACGCACUCUUCCAGGGCUGGUCUCCAAUUUUCUGUGGGCCGAGGGCACCGCCUGCUCCGCAACGGCAACUACGCCGAGCGGGUGGGGGCCAGCGCGCCCGUGUACCUGGCGGCGGUGCUGGAGUACCUGACCGCCAAGAUCCUGGAGUUGGCGGGCAGCGCGGCCCGCGACAGAAGACCUGCGUCAUUCCCCGACGCCUGCAGCUGGCCAUCCACCGCAAGAAGCUCAACAAGCUGCUGGAUGGCCCGCACCAAGCAGACUGCACGCAAGUCCACCGGUGGCAAAGCACCGCGCAAGCAGCUGGCCACUAAGGCGGCUCGGAAAAGCGCGCCGGCCACCGGCGGCGUGAAGAAGCCUCACCGCUACCGUCCCGGCACCGUGGCUCUGCGCGAGAUUCGUCGCUACCAGAAGUCGACUGAGCUGCUGAUCCGAAAGUUGCCUUUUCAGCGCCUGGUGCGAGAAAUCGCUCAGGACUUCAAGACGGAUCUUCGCUUUCAGAGUUCCGCGGUGAUGGCCCUGCAGGAGGCCUGCGAAGCCUAUUUGGUGGGGCUCUUUGAGGACACCAACCUGUGUGCCAUCCAUGCUAAGCGAGUGACUAUCAUGCCCAAGGAUAUUCAGCUCGCUCGCCGCAUUCGUGGGGAGAGAGCGUAGAGGUUUCUGGGUAAUAAUUCUCUCCAACCCAAAGGCUCUUUUAAGAGCCGCCUACUUUCACCCGAAAAUAGCUGUGAUUGACUAAUCGAAUCUUUGAAACUGAACGUUGGUGGUAGUACUUAAGUCCUCAUUUGAUUGGCUAAAGUUAAUGGUAAGCUUGCUAUAUUCCCGUGCUUUCUCCCGAACAUGCCAGAUUGUCAACGUCCUUUUUUUUUAAACUUAAAUUUAAAUUUUUAAUUUUUUGCUGGCUAUUAGAGGUUUGGUGCUUCGAUUUGGUAGUGGAAGGGGUCAUCUGGGUUCAUGUUAUACAUGGUUUGUCUCAAGCGUUAGUUGCGUUGUCUACUUACACUCAUUAUAGAAGGGUUUUUUUUCCGUAGUGCAUUUGUAGUUAAUCCCUUUUAAAACCUUACAGUUAAUGAGCAUUGGCAGUUGAGAAUAGGUACAGAUGUCCUUGGUUGCUGCUUUUUGUUGUCUGAAGUAAGCUAUUUCUACAAUCCCCCGCCCCACUUUUUUUUUUUUUUUAAACAGUUCUUGGUCUUUUCUGUGAAAUGAUCCAUUUUUGACCGAUAGUUGAUUCAAUAUCAGAAAUUGGUGGCAGAAACCAAAGCCAGAUUGGCUUCUACAUUACUGGCAGCGUGGGCAUUACCUGGGAACUUGUUAGAAGCUUGUUUCAAUCCCCAUGUAGGGCUGGAGUCUCUGUAUAUACCUCAGAUGAUUGUCAUGAACACUGAUUUAGAAAGCCUAGGUUGUUGGUUUUAGUCUAAUCAAUAAAGGCAUCCUGCUUGUGAACUGUUACAAGGAGUGAGCUUUUGCAAAAUGUAUGUUUAUUUUACAGAAUGAAAUAUUCUAUGAAAUGUUCUCUAAAGCAAGUGCACAGAACAAUCCCCUAAAAUAGUUUGAUUUCUUUACAGAUCAGUUUUCUCAAUGCAACAUUACAGUCACAUGGGAAGGCUUUAGAAAAAUCUUUACCUGGUGUUCAAUGAGACUAAUAGCAGUCUGUAGAGUGGGCCCAGGGAAUGUUAAUUAUUAAUAUUCAGGUGCUUCUAACAAACAGCUGGGGCUGAGACUCCUUGCUACAUAAAUUUUAACACUCUCAUUAGCUCUGGUUUGACUCCAGACUUAGCACAGUUUUCUAAUUGAAUCUGUUUCCUUGUAGUUUGCCCUCAGAAUAUACUGGUCUCUAAAGACUUUCUGGCUUGCUUGACUAUCUUUCAACACCUGACUUUUAUAAGAAUUUCUUAGGGCAACACUAACGUAAGGGUUUUUUUUUUUGUUUUUUUUGUUUUUGAGCCACCAAGGUCCUUUCAGUGAAAGUAUCAAGUUUUUAGGGAUGUUACAAGGAGGAACACAUACCAUCCUGGGCUGCUUGGCAUACAACCAAGGUAUCUGUUUGCAUAUAGAACCCUUCCUUUACAGAUUAGCACAAGGCCCUGUUUGGGUAUUCAGCAGAUCCUCCUUUAUGACCUUUAUUAAUUUAGCAACUUGUCAUUUUUUUUUCACAUAUUGUUUUUAUUUUAAAAACUUAUUUGACAUUCCAGAAUAUAUGGGAAAGGAGAUAAUAGUUUAAUAAAACCUAUGUUCCUCUCAUCCAGCUUCAAUAAAAACAUUGGCUUAA